GAAAGUGUCAGUGUCAGAGGAUCCUGGAUCAGCUGUUAGCUGUUGUCCCUCCACAACAUCCACUGAUAACAGCCAUCCUUACUACGAGCACAGGCUGAGCAGGCGCCGCCUAUGAGGAUAGAAACCAGAGGCUCCGCAGCGUCACGUCGUUUCCAGGUAGCAUGAACUCCCUCCCAGGAAGAGCCGCUCUGUCUCUGUGCAAGCGCACAGCACCGGGCGGGAUGAGGGUCUUCGCCGGGUCCCCGGGUCACCCCGCCGGGGGACUGACGGCCUCUCUCCAGGCUGCGCGGGUCUGCCACUGCGGGCCGAACCGCAGGAGCAGCGUCAGCACCAAGAAGCGGGGCUACGACAUCACCAGAAACCCGCACCUCAACAAGGGAAUGGCAUUCACCCUGGAGGAGCGCCUACAACUGGGCAUCCACGGCCUGCUGCCCCCCUGUUUCCUCUCCCAGGACGUUCAAGUGCUGCGCGUCAUGAAGAGCUAUGAAACACGCAGCAAUCCUCUGGACAAGUACAUCCUGCUGAUGACGCUGCAGGACAGGAACGAGAAGCUGUUCUACCGUUUGCUGACCUCCGACGUCGAGGAGUUCAUGCCCAUCGUGUACACCCCCACUGUCGGCCUGGCCUGUCAACAGUAUGGACUGGCCUUCAGGAGACCACGAGGACUCUUCAUCACCAUCCACGAUAGAGGCCACAUCGCCACCAUGCUCAACUCCUGGCCUGAAGAAGACAUAAAGGCCAUCGUGGUGACGGAUGGGGAGCGUAUCCUGGGCCUGGGGGACCUGGGAAGCUAUGGUAUGGGCAUUCCAGUGGGGAAGCUGGCGCUCUACACAGCCUGCGGUGGUGUUCGGCCGCAGCAGUGUCUCCCUGUGCUGCUGGACGUCGGCACCGACAACCAGACGCUGCUCGAUGACCCCCUGUACAUCGGACUGAAGCACAAGAGAAUCAGAGGGAAGGAGUACGACGAGCUGAUCGACGAGUUCAUGCAGGCGGUGACAGACAAGUACGGGAUGAACACUCUGAUACAGUUUGAGGAUUUCGCCAACAGCAACGCCUUUCGCAUCCUCAACAAAUACAGGAAUCGAUACUGUACCUUCAACGACGACAUCCAAGGCACGGCCUCUGUAGCUGUCGCCGGGAUCUUAGCUGCUCUGAAGAUCACCAAGAACAAACUCUCAGAUCACACCUUCGUCUUCCAGGGAGCAGGCGAGGCUGCUCUGGGUAUUGCUCACCUGCUUAUAAUGGCCAUGGGCAAAGAGGGACUGAGUAAAGAAGAAGCUGCCAAGAGAAUCUGGAUGGUGGACUCGAAAGGUCUCAUUGUGAAGGGAAGAAGCCAUCUCAACCACGAGAAGGAGGAGUUUGCUCACGAUCACCCGCACCUGAAGACCCUGGAGGAGGUGGUGCACACCAUGAAACCCACUGCAAUCAUAGGAGUGGCUGCUACUGCAGGAGCAUUCACUGAGAAGAUAAUCAAAGACAUGGGGUCCUUCAACGAGAGGCCAAUCAUCUUUGCCCUGAGUAAUCCCACCAGCAAGGCGGAGUGCACGGCAGAGCAGUGCUACAAGCUCACAGAGGGCCGGGGCAUCUUUGCUAGUGGGAGUCCGUUUGAUAAGGUGGUGCUGGCUGAUGGACGCGCCUUCUACCCCGGCCAGGGAAACAACGCCUACGUCUUCCCUGGAGUUGCUUUGGGCGUUAUAGCCUGUGGAGUGCGCCACAUAUCUGAUGAUGUCUUCCUCACCACAGCAGAGGCGAUAGCUGAAAUGGUGACAGAGGAGCACCUGGCAGAGGGAAGACUCUACCCUCCCCUCAGCACCAUAAGAGAGGUGUCCUUCAAGAUUGCAGUGAAGAUUGUCAACUAUGCAUACAGACACAACAUUGCUUCUCUGUACCCCGAGCCCAAAGACAAGGAGGCGUUCGUGCUGUCUCAUGUCUACAGUCCUGAUUACGACUCCUUCACUCUGGACACAUACAGCUGGCCACAGGAGGCCAUGAACGUCCAGGACGUGUGAUCCUGACCGCCUCUCUCUAAACAUCGUAUGCUGCCGUGGCGACGUGUAGGAUUGCAUCUAGUACUCGCUUUUUUUUUUUGUUUUGUUUAUUUCCUUCUUUCUUUCAUAAAUGUUAGUGUCUGCCCCCCUUUCAGAUAGACAGUGGUCGUUAUGAUUUAGAUGCCAAACAAAUGUUAUCUAUGACCUUUGGAGUGUUUUUUCAGUGCUGUACUAUUAAUUUGUAUUAUCAGCAUACGUCUCUGUACCUGAUCAAAGGUCUGACUGUGCGAAAUGCUUUAGCAGCGCAUAUCAUAUCCGAUAUUUUGAGCACGGCCUCUAUAACUUUACAACUUAAACUACACUCCUUUCUUUAAAUUUUCCACCUAAGGCACUGUAGCAUUAAGCACUCGCAGUCACUCAAAAUCUGUUCCUGAGAGCCGAAUUGCAGCUGGUGCGUUAACAACGAAGGAGUGGCUCACAGUAACGCACAAUGCUUCCUCUUGUCUUGACACAAAUGAACAGAGGACCCAUUUUGAAGCUUAAAAAAGAGAAAAAAGUCAAGCUUUCAGUGCCUCUUCCUGUGUGACCUCAGGACAGUAUUUCUCCAUUGUGAUUUAAAAAAGCUCGAUUUGUUGGGUGGAUAGCAGGGCCGUUGUAGAGGCCACAUCUGGCUCGUGCCUGUAGCUGCUUCUUCAUAUUUGACACUCCUGUCACGCCGAUUGUUUUAACCUGCACGCAGGAGGGAAAAGAGCCGAGAGUCGGCCUGCACUUCUGUCUCUGCUCCCCUGUGAGAGUAGGUCCUGCUUGAUGGGAGGCGCUGCUGUCUUCUCCACUGCGUUCAGACGUGGGAUUGGUGGAGAUGUGUCACCAUCAGGAUGAUUUUGUAUACAGUGUGUGUGUGUGUGUUGUUCUUUAGUUUUGUACAGAGCUCUGCCUGUGGUUGUAUUUUUGCCAAAGUUACUGAUUAACUGUAUCUUUCACUCCUAGAGAACAUGAUGUUCUGCAAGCUUUAGUAUAGAGGGAUAUGCUUCAAGUUUUCAAAGGGAACAUGAAACUUUUUAAAUAAAAUUGUUGAUUA